UGGCACGGUUUGUAGACUGCGAACAGUUUUUUGUGUUACAACGACGUUUUGUGCUGAAAAUGAAGGCAGUGUUGGUAUAAUUAUGUGGAUAGUUAGCAAGAUUUGUUCUGUGUAGUGAGUGCUGGGUUAUGUGCGUGUGUCUUUGGAUUUUCGCGAGUGUUAGAAGACUUGAGUUCCAUGCGAUCGGCUAGAUCACCCUUAAAGAUCGAGAGGCGCACGCGCAGUCUGGGUGAUGUUGCGUCAACAUGUCCCGUUGGUUGUGGCUGCUGCUGCUGGAACUUGUCGCCGCUUUGUCGCCGGUCGUUAAGAUUGGGGCGAUUUUCACGGAAGAAGCGCGCGGGGGCAGCGCGGAGCUUGCCUUCAAAUACGCGGUGUAUCGGAUCAACAAGGAAAGAAGUCUCCUGCCCAACAGUACCCUGGUGUAUGAUAUACAGUACACGCCGGCUAGAGACUCGUUUAGGACUUAUAAGAAAGCCUGCACCCAGAUCAAGACGGGAGCCGUGGCCGUGUUCAGUAGCUGCGGGCCGCUGCCCGGCGCGGCCCUCGGCGCGGUGUGCCGCUCCAUGCACGUGCCGCAUCUGGUCGCAGCGCCAGGGACCCACGACCAGGCCUCAUCAGACACUCGUUUUGCUACUCGCUUAGACGCUCGUUCGUCGUUUGAAGACACUUGGGGCGUCAUUAGGCGCUCGGCUCCUCACGCAUCGGCCACUUGCCAUCAGCCGCGCCAGCCGUCGGGAGCCGUGGCCGUGUUCAGCAGCUGCGGGCCGCUGCCGGGCGCCGCCCUCGGCGCGGUGUGCCGCUCCAUGCACGUGCCGCAUCUGGUCGCAGCGCCGCGCACCCAAGACCAGGACGCUUACUUCGUUGGUCUAUAA